UCAGAAUUUGGAAUGUCAACGGAUUACCUCAGUGCAAUUCAAAUUGGACAAUUUCAAGAUGCAUUUGUCAGAUAUGAUUUGGACGCUGAUGGGGUAGUUUCUAGCAAAGAAGUUGGACAAAUUAUGAGAGCUAUUGGUCAAAAUCCUUCAGAAGCAGAGAUACAGGACAUGGUUAACCUAGUUGAUAAAGAUGGAACAGGGAACAUUGAUUUCCCAGAGUUUUUAAGUAUGAUGGCAAUCAAGGUAAUUUGUACAAUGCAAACUGUACAACAUUGCACAACACUAUACGUACACCACUGUACACUGUACAGUAAGGAUGGGAAUGGAUAUAUAAACAGGAACGAGCUCUCUCUAGUUAUGAUGAAUCUAGGAUAG